CUGCAACAACAAUAAGAAAAAUAUUUAAUCAAAAGAAAAAAAACAAUAUUAUAGAGGGCACACAACGUGCGGGGGCAAAGUGCAAAUGGUAACGGUAAUUUGCAGACAUUAGUUGCCACACACACACACACACACAAACAAACGGUGCGGUGAUUAAAGGACAUGGAAGGAGAGGUGCGAAAAAUGUCACAUUACGAAUACGCAGUGUGUGCCCGAGUUAAAUGGUGAAAUUUAAAAGCUGUGCGAGCGCUGGAAUUGAAAAUGUUCGUCUCAAAGUUGUUUGGCCACUUAGUAUGCCAGGCACGUAGUGCAUUUUUGUGAUGUGGAUACGGCUCUUUGAUUGUUUUAUUAGCGAUUCCCUUGGACAGGACCUAAAACGACAGUUUCGGAAGAGAGUUAUGGAGGAUUAGAAUGUAGUAUAUUGAAAAUUUGAAUUUAAAUGAAGUUCUUCUGAAGUGAAAAUUAAAAAUCAAUAAAGAUAUUAAAUAAAUUCAAAAUUAAGAUAGUGGAGCUUAAACAUUAAUCAAAAAGUUAAAGGCUAUGGCUUCGACUUUUGUCACCAGUAAUAACGAAAGAGAAGGAAAACUUGAACUCCAAUAAAUAAGAUAUUAACGGCAGGAUUAAGCCACAUUUUCGGCAAUUCAUAAAAUAAAUAUACAUAUAAAUAAAAAAAUUUAUAAAAUAAAUAUAUAUAUAUAUAUAUAUAUAACACAGACAGCCAUGAGCCUGAUGCAACUGCAAUCGCAGCGCGUUCGCCGCGCCCGUCACCAUCGCCGCAAUCAGUCCGCAGAGCCGUGCGAGUGCCUUCGUCCUGUGAUAAGGAUUUUUGGUCUGCUGACUUCAUUCGUUAUCUGCGGCGUUGGCGUUGAUGUCUACAUGCAUGGCUAUCAGGCCGGUCUUUAUAUAGUUUUUUCAGCCGUGCUGGUAAUGCUCAUUGAGAUCAAGUGGCUCGUGACUAUCUUUCUGCAACUUCAGUGCGCAGACGAUAAUUACCAGCGAAGGUCCUGUAGCUGCUUGGCCUGCUGGCGACUUUCAGCGAUUUGUGGCGGUUGGCGACCCACUCCUGUUUAUGCGGUCAUCGGCAUCUGCCUGAUCCUGUAUCCCCACAAUCUGUGGCUGAGUUAUGUGGCCGGGAUGUUCCUGAUACUCCUCGGGCUCCUCAGACUGUGCACGCUGCUCCGGUUCAGCGCCUCGAAGGAGGAGGGCCUCCUGCCGCAGUGUGACUUUGAAAAGGUCUCGAGCUUUGUGGAUACCAUGGAGGAUGAUUUCGCGGAGAUUGGUGCCUCGCAAGUGGGAUUGGAUGAGGAAGCGGAGGAGGAGGGCGACGACCACACCGCCAUAGACGAUGAUGUUUGCUAAUAGUUUAAGCCAGCUUUUCUGCCUAAUGUAAUGUGAGAUUUUAAACGACUUAACAGAUGUCUAAUAAUAUACAGUUUGUAAAGAGGUUUCGAUUUAAA